AGGCGGGCGGGCGGGGGGUGGGGGAGAGACAGGAGAAAAAGCCGUAUAGGAAGAGAAGCACAACCGUGGGUGCCCGCCGCAACGAUGAACGGUUCGCCACGCUCGCGACAACCGCAGAUAAGCCAUCGGACUAUGUCCUGAAUAGCGGUUUACAUAGCUGGGAUUGUGCACCGAUCAUACAGGGGUAAAAUAUGUCCGCCUCGGUGGGGCCCCGCGGCGGCCCUCGCCCACCCACAGCGCAGAGCUCCAUGCCCGAUCUACCGGACCUCAGUCACCUCACCGAGGAGGAGAGGAAAAUUAUCAUGGCUGUAAUGGUUCGGCAGAAGGAGGAAGAGGCAAAGGAUGAGGCCAUACUCAAAGAGGAGAAACCCAUACAAGCAAAAACGGUGAACCUGGUCGGAAACAAGAAACCACCUCAGCAGAACGACAUCAGUUUGCACCAGCAGUUUGCCAACUACAAGGAGCAGGUGAGGCGGAUUGGGCCAGAGCCCCCCCAACAGAGGCAGCAGGGCCAACACAAGGAUGACGCCCCCACCUGUGGCAUCUGCCACAAGACCAAGUUUGCUGAUGGCUGCGGAAACCUGUGCUCCUACUGCCAGACUAAGUUCUGUGCCCGGUGCGGAGGAAGGGUCUCUCUGCGUUCCAAUAACAAAGUGGACAAAGUGGUAAUGUGGGUAUGUAACAAGUGCCGAAGGCAACAGGAUAUGCUCACUAAAUCAGGAGAGUGGUUUCCCAGCCAUGGGCCCAAGGCUGGAGAGCUUGGGUCAGCAGUGAGUGAACCGGCCAUGUGUGGAGAUCCCGUUGGGGAGAAGAAGGUGCGCUCUAGGUCUCAGAACCCUCUCGACUCCUCCGUUUCCACUGCCCAUGACACCCAGCCACAUGCCCCGACAGACCCCAGAAAAGGCCCUUCCACAGGGCCAGCUGACACGCCGUCAUCGCGCUCACGCAGUGAGCCUCCACAAGAAAGAAAAAAGCCACCAGCAGCCUCUGAUCAGAAUGGCAAGCUAGGGCCAAGAGGUGAGAGGCGGCGAGGCCUAUCCAAAAUCCACUCUGAAGAGCGAGAUACUGGAGAAAAUCGGAGAGAAAGUCGAAGACUGAUGAAGACUCGCUCUCAGGAGCAUGACAGUCCUGAGACCAGGAGGACUGAGGCGGAGCAGAAACCACCCAGGGAACAGUGCAGGACUGACCCAAAUGCUCCUCAUCAUCCGGCCAAACUCCAGCCGGCGGAGCCUGAUGGACGUAUGCAUCCUAAGCCGAGGGAGGCAGGGGAGAUGGUGCAGGACAACAGAGGUGCACGGAGAUGGGCAGAUGGGCGGCAGGCCUCGCUGGAGGGCCAGCAGCAGGCCUACGCCCCAGAGAGGACCGCGGGGGGUACAGGUUUGCAGAGUGCGCCUGUUGUGCAGGGUCCUCCUCCUAAAACGAACCACACCCCACAGCCGCCCGCUCCGGGGUUCAGGGUGGGCCCUGCCAUGCCCGCAGGCCCACCUGAGCUCAGGGAGCCUCAGGAAUGGGACAGGAAGUUGCAGCCGAGCCACCUGGACCCCGGCUCGGCUGCGCUAUUGCGCAAAUCGAAACGACAAAAAGCUGAGAGCAUGCUGCGCAAUGAUUCGCUCAGCUCUGACCAAUCUGAAUCUUUACGACCACCCCCACCCCGCCCCUACAAGAGCAAACGGGGAGGAAACAAGAGGCAGAUGUCUGUCAGCAGCUCGGAGGAAGAGGCCGGUUCGACACCGGAAUACACCAGUUGUGAAGAUGUGGAGAUUGAGAGCGUCAGUGAGAGAGGGGACUGGGAGUGCUGUCCGCUGGACCCCACUGCGUGGCAUCAUCCGGUUACAUGGCAGCCCUCCAAGGAAGGUGAUCAUUUAAUUGGCCGAAUCACUUUGAGCAAGCGAACAGCCAUGCCAAAAGAGGCUGGGGCUCUGCUAGGGCUAAAGGUGGUCGGGGGGAAGAUUACAGAAACUGGGAGACUUGGGGCCUUCAUCACCAAAGUCAAGAAAGGUAGUUUAGCUGAUGUGGUGGGUCAUCUACGGGCCGGUGAUGAGGUGCUUCAGUGGAAUGGUAAAUCAUUACCUGGAUUAACGAAGAAAGAAGUUUACAAUAUCAUCUUGAAUUCCCAAACACAACCACAAGUUGAGUUAGUAGUAUCAAGGCCAAUAGGUGAUAUACCACGAAUACCAGAAACAUCACACCCUCCAUUAGAAUCUACAGGUUCAAGUUCCUUCGAAUCACAGAAGAUGGAAAGACCCUCUAUAUCUGUCUUGUCCCCAUCCAGCCCAAGUGGUCUUAGAGAUGCCCCUCAGCUACUGCCUGGACAGCUGUCGGUGAAAAUGUGGUACGAUAAGGUCGGCCAUCAGCUGAUAGUGAACGUAUUGCAGGCUAUAGACCUGCCACCCAGAUCAGAUGGACGACCCAGAAACCCCUAUGUCAAAAUGUACUUCCUGCCCGAUAGAAGCGAUAAGAGCAAGAGAAGGACGAAGACGGUAAAGAAAAGUCUGGAGCCCAAGUGGAACCAGACAUUUGUGUACUCUCAUGUCCAUCGCCGGGAUUUCAGAGAACACAUGCUGGAGAUGACUGUAUGGGACCAACCCAGAAUACAAGAUGAGGAGAGUGACUUUCUGGGAGAAAUCCUAAUCGAGCUGGAGACUGCCCUGCUGGAUGACAAGCCUCAUUGGUACAAGCUGCAGACACAUGACGUCUCUUCCAUUCCACUGCCGCACCCUUCGCCAUACCUGCCCCGCAGACAAGGACACACAGAAACACCCACCAAAAAGCUGCAGCCUACAGAAAACCGAUCAAGAGAAAGAGAACGGGACAGGGAAAGAGAACGGGACAGAGACCGAGACCGAGACCGAGCAACGACAUUAGAGGUUCCAGACCAAAUCAGGCCAACUCAGUAUCGCUCACGGUCUGUGUCCCCACACAGAGACGAAGAGAGCAGGGGACGGUCCCGCCCAGCCAACGUCCCUGCACAGAGGAGUCUGGAUGAGGUCCAGCACAGCCGGCGAUCCCGUUCCCCAACACGCUACCACGAUCGUGCCCGUGUGCAAGAGCGGGAUUACGUAGAUGACAGUGAGGUCAUCUUGAUACACAGAUCAAUGCGGGGUAGAAGCGCAGAGUGUCUGCACACCCAAAGCGUUGGCAGGAGUUCAUCUAAGUACAGUAGCACUCUGCCUCCCAAGAUGCCUUUAUUAGUCAAUGGAAUUCAUAAGGAUAUUUACAGCUUAACACUUCCUGCAUGCCUUAAGUCAAAGUCACGGCUGUCUGUAGUCACUGCCACUCAACGUACAAUCACACGUCGAGUUCUUAGUUUCACAGACAAGAUCACCAUUAGUGAUCUACAGCCCUCUCUUGACAGGGUUAGAAGUGCUAGUACCAACUGUCUGAGACCAGGUUCUAAUUCCAAUUCACCUGAACGAGACAGGAGCACCCAGUCUCUGCCCCGUACCAGACCCACGAGCCCCAGGAUCCUUAUUCAGCAUGCCUCCCCAGAAGACGACAGCUGGGUUUUGGAGGCUAUGUUCCCCGCUCAGGAGACAGUACACCACCUCAGUGCAAAGCCAGUCGCACAGAGUUGCAGGCAGUCGAGAACUCUGGACAAGCCUAGCUGUCAGAAACUUGGCAAGAAAAUAUCUGACAGCGAGCGGGUGCAGCCACACUCCAGCUCUGCAUUUUCCUCAUCAACAGUGGCCUCUUCUUCGGCACGCAAGGUCAGACAGCUUCCCCAAGUCCCCGCCAAAAGCAGCAGUGUAGAGCAAGCUCUUGCUUCAGAGGAGCGAACGCGGCAAAUGAAAGUACGUACCUUCCGAACACCAGCUCCCUCCAGUACUAGCCAGGAUCUGGAGAGGACGCUCAAGAAUAAAAGAGAGCUUUAUAAGGAGCAGCGACGGAGCUGUGACAACGUGUCCCAUAAGUCCUCAGACAGUGAUGUCAGUGACGUGUCAGCCAUCUCUCGCGCCAGCAGUGCCUCGCGGAUCAGUAGCACCAGCUACAUGUCCAUUCAAUCAGAACGACCCAGGGGUCGCAUUAGCCAUCAUAUUCGUCCAUCCAGCCGCAGCAUGCUGAAGAGUACGAGCGUUAGUGGGGAAAUCUACACUCUGGAGCGUACGGAUGGCAGUCAGUCAGACACCGCUCUGGGAACACUGGGAUCAGGAGGGAAAAAGCGCAGAUCCAGCCUUAGUGCACGUGUAGUCGCCAUCGUGGGCAUUCCCUCCCGCCGCAGCAGGAGCACCUCUCAGCUCAGUCAGACAGAAGCAGGCAACAAGAAAGCAAAGGGGUCCAGUCAAAUCCAGCGCAGUCAGGAGACGGGAAUGGCAGUGGAGUAUCCCCGCAACGCCAUGGCCCGCCAAGCCAGCCGAGAGUCCACUGAUGGCAGCAUGAACAGUUACAGCUCUGAGGGCAAUCUGAUCUUCUCAGGGAUGAGGUUAGGGGCUGACAGCCAGUUCAGUGACUUCCUAGAUGGUCUUGGCCCUGCUCAGUUGGUGGGUAGACAAACACUUGCCACGCCUUCUAUGGGAGAUGUUCAGAUUGGACUUAUGGACAAGAAAGGGCAUCUGGAAGUGGAGGUUAUCAGGGCCCGUGGUCUUACACCUAAACCAGGUUCCAAAUCGCUGCCGGCUCCCUAUGUCAAGGUCUAUUUGCUGGAAAACGGAGCGUGCAAAGCCAAAAAGAAAACCAAGAUUGCACGAAAAACGCUUGAUCCCUUGUAUCAGCAAUCGCUGCUGUUUGAGGAAAGUCCGCAGGGUAAAGUUCUCCAGGUAAUAGUCUGGGGAGAUUACGGCCGCAUGGACCACAAAUGUUUCAUGGGAGUCGCCCAGAUUCUUUUAGAGGAGCUGGAUCUUUCUAGCACAGUGAUCGGUUGGUACAAACUGUUUCCCCCUUCGUCAUUGGUCGACCCGACGUUAGCUCCUCUCACUCGUCGCGCUUCCCAAACCUCGCUGGACUCUUCAGGGCCGCCGGGCAUCAGGUCCUAGUGAACGGACAGGAAACGCACGACCCAGUGGACCAAGGACCCGAGGCAACAAUCAGAACCAGAGCGGCAGAUAAAGAGACAGAUGGACAGAAUCAUGAUCAAAGCUUUGCUGAAGCCUGACAAUCACUUCUCUCUUUUACUUUUGAUCUUUGGGUUGUAGAGAUUUCCUUUGAUCCACUCUGCUCCUUUACUGCAUGUUUUGUUGCUGAGAUGACAAUUCGACCCGAAUAAAAAAAAAAGAGAAGGAAGGGAGAGGCAGCCGAAGCGUCUGACAGGAAGCGGAGCCCACAGUGGCGCCGGUAGCCUAGAUUGCUCUGGUCAGUCAGCGCAUUUAUUUUCUCACGUGUUGGCGAGAGUGAGAGGACAGCACUGCCCCUCCUCUAUAUUGCACUUUCAGGAAGUCCCUCUGCUGAAAGACCACAGGUCGAGGGUUAAAGGUCAAGAUUUAGUCUUCUCAGAGAGUUUCCUCUCUGCAUCACGGAUGCUGCAUCCGAGGCCCCGCUGUGUGCCGGUCCGGCACGAACUCAGACUCAGAUUGUGUGACUGUGGCGUGUGUGUGUGUGCGUGCAAGAGUGUGCGUUUGUGUUUAAGAAGGCAGGGAGACGCCUGAGAACCUUUUAAGUCUGUUUACAGCAGUCGCCACCGACUGCUUUGCCUUUUCACGUUAAUGUUGAUUUGGUAAAUAGGCACACUUUGUAGAAUGUGAAAACAUGCUUCGUGUUUUCUGACAUUUGUGUCAUAUGAGCUCCACGGAAGACACAAAACCACUUGUAUUCGAUUCACUGGGACUGUAAGAAGCUGCCACUAUCAUUUAACAGGAAACAUUAGCUCACUAACACGUUCGAUUUCCAGGUUUCACGCAAUCACAAAUCAUAUCUUACAGGUAUUUCCGAGCACUUUUAAUUCUAUUCCGUUUGGUGAAGGACCUGUACAUACCGAUAUUAGAAUUUCUACCCGACUAGAGUUUACAUUAUUUUAAUGCAAGCACAAAUGCUUGAUUUUUGAACAAAAAAGAGAAAAAGUUCAAGCUUUUGGGGAUUAAAAGUAAUACAAAAAAAGAGGCCAAAAUCGGAAGCUUCCUAUUUUUAGCAGUUUGUCAUCAGUUUAGUUGAUUAUAAAACCAAUCUCACAGAUCCCCCCUGAGCAUUUUGAAUGUGACAGUGAGACGUUCCAACAAGGGGAACAGAUGCCACCAACGAGGGGAACAGCAUGAAUCUGGAACUGUUCCAAGUUGCAUGCACAUUUUGUAAAACAAGACAGAUGAGAAAAAAAAGAGACUACAAUAAGUGUGUGUUAGUUCCACAAACUGUAGGCCAGCUUGUAUGUUGCAUGUACUUGUACAGUUUGCUUGUACUUGAUAUAAAUAGAUUAUCAAAUAAAACGAAGCCAUUCAUUCCAUGUGUGGGCAUUUGGCCGGGUUCAGCCAUACACACAGGCCUUAUUUUGGGGCUGAAUGUCUAUAAGAAUUUUUGAAUUGUUUGAUUUCCUUUUCUUUUUCUUUUAACCCUGGAUGGAUAAAUAAGUGCUGUACUGUAGUACUGAGCAAACACAAGGCCCUAUUUUAUUGAAGAUGUUGGUGUUCACUGUAGUCUGUACUACUGUGGGGCUAAAACUAAGGUAGAUAAUCUGUAUAAAAACUAGAGCUAUCUGUAUAUGGAAUAUAAUUAUGAAAAUCACAAUGACUUAGAGAUAUAUCGAUAUUGAAACAGAGUGUAUCAAGUAAACAUCACUUACGUACAUGCAUAUAUUGUAAAUAUGAGUCUGCAAAGAAGUUUACUUAUAUUUACAAAGCGGCCCCAUUCAAGUUAAUGGAUCAGUGCUCUGUCUCUUGGUUCUGCUGAGCGGAAGAAGGGAUGCCUCCAAAGUUUUAUUUUAGUGAUGCCCAAUCUGACGAGAGAAAUUUGGACCUCUAUUGAUCUGUUGCGUUACCAUAAAUGCUCACGAAUCCUCAUUUCAAUGAGAAGUUUACUUUAUAUGCCUGGUUACGGCAGACUUAUUUACUUUGUCAGUAUUAUUCAAGGAUACUGAUUGUUUACAGUUCGUGUGUUCCACUGAAACAAAAUUGAAAGUAUUCACUGCAACAUUUCUUGUUUGUACAGCAGACGUGGCUCAAAUAAUGUGUAUGUUUUAUAUUCAAGAGUUCAUUUUUAUUAUUUACAAAUAAAAGACUGUGUGGAAGAAAA